AUGUUUUACUGUGUGUUAAUGAAUUCGUGAUAAGAGUACACACAGAAUAGUACUUGUAUGUUUAAUAAUCUAGCUAUGUUUAAAGUGUUUUAAUAUAAUAAGACGCAGGAUGUCUAAGAACAUGUUUAAAUCAGGUUGUUUAGUUCGGACUGCUCACGUGAUUCUGACCUGGAUCACAACUUUAGUCCUGUUUCUGCAUAACACAGAUCUUGGUAAGUGUCGGGAGAGAGGAGAUCUGCUCCAGCCUGUGGUCUUCAUCUCCGUGGUUCUGCUCUCUGUACUGCUGUACUUCACUGUGUCUCUGAUGGAUCCUGGCUUUGUUCUGUCUGACAGCGACACGAAGGGAACGUUGGUGGAGAGUAAUGAAGAACUGGAGAAGAUGAUUCCUCAAGAUCACAGUUCUUUAAAGCAGCGGCGCUGCGGCUACUGCUUUAAACUGGUACUUCAUCAACCUGAACGCUGCUUUCGCUCCACGAUAAAGUCCAACCAUAAUUCUCCCUGGAUAGACAACUGUGUCACUUCCACUCUACUUAUGAAUGUAAAGUUUGUGGCUGUAUCUUGGGGUUUACAGGCUUCAUGGUCCGGCGUGGUCUCUGCACCCACAGUGUGGGUGUUAAGGUCCCGUUUUUCGGUGGUCGUGCUGCUCCUGCUGUGCAUUCACCUGUACCUGGCCUCGGUGAACAGCACCACCUGGGAGUUCAUGUCCCGCCAGCGCAUCCUGUACCUCAAGCACUGCGACGCGGAGGAGAACCACAUAGAAAUUCCAAACCUGUGGGACUUCUGCUGCGCCUGCGGGACGGUGGCAUGGGAGAGGAUCUACAUCAGACACACCGACGCGGAAAAAAACCUGCAGGGAACAUCGGUUCCACGCGCAGCCCCGCCCCCACCGGCCGCCGGCCAAUCAGAGAGCAGGUCCGGGGACCGACGUCGGGUUGUUCUGGAAGAGGCGGAGUUCAUUUUUCGAGCUCGUGAGGGGCGCGUUCUGUCCGAAAGAGAGCGCGUGAGAAUCUGCGUUCGUUUCCUCGCUGUAAGUGUGUGUGUGCGGAGCAGCAGCGCGGGCUCGCUCGAUUCUCGUCCUGUUACAGUCUCAAGAAACCGAGCUCAAGGAGGACGAUCUUCUACCUCAACGAGUUUGAAACCCACAGCUCUUGAUUCUCACUGA